GUUGACCCCACACAGAAAUCUCAAAUGCUGAUGUGUUACAAGAAACUACACCGCAGGGAGACCGCUGAGUUUCAUUUUUGAUGCAGUAACAUAACGACGGAGAGAAGCGGCGGUGAGUCCCAGGUCGAUGUCAAAGAAGACGCAGCGGAAGAGAUCAGCAGCACCGGGUCCGAGAGCCGAUGGCGCCCAAAGGUAAAGUUGGCACGAAGGGAAAGAAGCAGAUCUAUGAGGAGAACGAGGCAACGCUGAAGUUCUACACUAGAGUCAUCCUCGGCGCUAAUGCAAUAUAUGCUGCCGUCAAUCUUUUGGUUUUCUACAGUUCAUCUACAUUUUGGACAUGGCUGCUGCUUGUGUUUGCACUCGCAGUGUAUGUAGGGAGUUACCGCUCCAUGUCUGCCAUGGCCAAGCCAGUGUUUGCUGAGGAUGGAAGUCUCCUGGACGGAGGAAUAGACUUAAACAUGGAGCAGGGAAUGGCAGAGCACCUGAAGGACGUCAUCCUGCUCACAGCCAUAGUGCAAGUUCUCAGCACCAUCUCCUCUUAUUUCUGGUAUCUUUGGCUGCUGGCCCCGGCCCGUGCCCUGCACCUGCUGUGGGUGAACUUUCUGGGCCCCUGGUUUAUGGCAGAAAGCCCGUCAGCACCAGAGGAAGUCAAUGAGAAGAAGCAGAGAAGACAAGAGCGCAGACAGAUGAAGAGAUUCUGAUGCUGCAGAGCAGUCGGAGCAGUAUUUUUAUACACAGAAUCUAAUAUACAGAUAGCGAGGAACUCGUAAGUUAUUUAGGAAGAAAUGUUGUUAUUAAGUUAAACUCGAUCCAAAUCUGAUACUGUGGGAUCUUGUUUUCCAUGUUUGUUUUCUUUCUGCUUUCUCAUGUAAUCAAAUUUUCUCCCUAAAUUAUGAAAUGAAAUCUUCCCUAUUUAGAUAAUGUCACGGUCCAAAUUUCAUUUGUCCUCAUGCAGAGAUUUAAGAGUUUUGCCAUUGCACAAUCCCGUCAAGCUGCCCCCUGCAGAUUCCCAUCAAAUGCCCCCCCCAACAACCCCGCGAUACAAUGACGAAAUGAGUCAAAACCAGAGCCAGCUAGAUUUAUUCUGUCAGUGCCACUUUUGUCAUGGCGUGUCUUUUAUUUGAUUUUAUUUUCAGAAUUCAUCGGUGAGCCUUCAAUACAGAGCCGAGACGUUUUUGUUUGUAAGCUUUACAGAAUAAACUGGAUAUAAAUCAACGUUAAUGUGAAAGUGAAAACUUUUUUUUUGCAAUAAAAAUCUUCCUCCAGUGUGUGGAGUUGAUCAUC